AUGGAACAACAACAACAACAACAACAAGGAAAAAUCGGCACCGGUGCUGCACUUUUAGCUGGGGUCGUCGGUGGGUUCAUCCUAGGUAGCAAUGAUGAUGAUGACGGUGAUCGCACUACAAUUACCACUACUAGGACAUAUGCUACUACUGCUACUCAGGGAACACGUACCACCAUAUAUACUGCAACAUCUACAUCAAAAGUUAUUUCCCAAUCUUAUACGGACCCUGAAGAUAGUGGAGAGUUCGGUAAAUGGUUUGGUGUUGCAAUUGCAGGAAUUGUAGGUGCAGUAUUAUUAAUUAUCAUUGUUUUUUCAAUUAUUAAUUCCAUAAGAAAUAGAAGGAAAGAACGCCCCAUUACAGGAACAUCAUGGAUUCCUACCUAUAAUGUACCAUCAACAGACACUACUUUUAAAAAUUGUCGUGAUGAAGAGGAUUUUGUCCCUCAAUAUACUGAAAGGGUUAAUAUGAAUGAUUUAGGUUAUUAUGAUGAAAGGGGCGACUUCCAUCGUAAUGAAGAUGUAAGAACAUAUGAUGGUAAUAAAAAUUCGCAAAUACCACCUCCAGCUUUUUUUCCCAUUGCUGAUCCUGCUUUUCCCUCUUCCAGAUCAUCAUUACCUUUUUCGAAUUUUGCUCGUCCUUCAGGUUCACCGCCAGGAGUACCAAAGAUCAAUCUACCAGAAGAAGAGCUACAAGAAGAAGAAGGUGAGGAAAAGAUACAGGGAUACGCUGAAACUGGUUCACAAGUUGAACAUUUAUCCGCUGUACCUAGUAAUAGCCCUAAAUAUGAGAUAGGGAAGGUGAAAACGGUAACAACAAGUACGCUGACGACGACCUCCACUAAUAACGGCAUCAAUGACGAUGGUGAAUCGUUUGUUGAUGUGAAAUCAUCAAGAUCAGAGGUAUAA